GACAGCUCUCGGACAGGACGCAGCCAGGAGGGAAAACUGCCCCGGGGAACAGGAGGAAAACCUGCUGCCAGCGGGAAAAGCAGCGGGAAAAACAUCGAGGAGACUUUAGGGGGGGCAACAGCACCCCUGAACCUGCCUUUAGGAGGGGUGAGAAGCGGAGCAUCACCAUGCCCCUCUCCCGCCACACCGGCCAACUCCCAGAGUCCAACUGGACCUUGAGCUUCAGGGAGAUGACGGAGCCCUGGAAAGGCGCCGUCGGCUGCCUCGGCGUGGCCAUCUUCUUCGCCAUGACCAUCGGCAUCAUCUCCUGGCAGGCUCUGGAGCAGUCCCCAGAGGAGUGGGUGCUGCGUGGCCGGGACGGUGGGAUGCUGUGGGAGCGCCGGCGCGGGGCCCUGGUGCUGCGGGCGCUGCCGGCGGGGCGGGCGGUGGCGGCGAUCGCGGUGGGCGGUGUGCCGGCCGCCGAGCCCCCACCGCCCCGGGACCACUGCUGGCACGACGGACGCCAGUUCUGCUACUCCUGGGAGGAGGACGCCGAGCUCCGGCUCUCCCUGGAGCCCCCAGCAGCCCCCGGCACCGAGUGCUAUGGCGUCCACUGGACCCCCCUGCGCCCCGACGUGACGCUGAAGGAUUGCUUUUCCAUGGCCAAUGUCUCCUGGUAUGGUGGGCCAAGCAUCCGUGCCCAGCGCUGGCCCCUCAACGGCGCCGAGAGCCCCGCGCAGCCCUUUGUCAGCGGAGACCUCGGCACGAAUCCCGACGGCUUUGGGCCUGUCCUGGACAGGUACUUCCUGGGCUCGACAGGAGUGACGGUGACCGUGGCACCCGACGUGCCCCUGCUCCUGUCGCUGGAGAGCCACCGGCACUUCUGCCUGGAGACACCGGCGGGCCGGGCGGAGCCCCUGCGGUACCUCCUCUGCAUCAGCACCGACGUGGCAGCCGCACACCGGCACAUGGGCAACUCCCCGGCGGGGCCGGCACGGACACGGCCGGACGCGGCGCUCCUGGGGUCUCCGCUGUGGCGGUACCACGGCCCGGAGGGUUCCGCUUCCAAAAUCAAGCGAGGUCUGAGGUCGCUGGUGAGGAGGUUGAAGCGGCAUGGCCUUCAGGAGGGAGUCGUGGCCCUGGGCGAGCGCAGCACCGCCAUCCUCGCCGCAGCGGAGAGUGUGCCCUCGGAGCGCAGGAAGAGGCAGGACCUGGCCCUGGUGGAACCUCUGCAGCUCUCCAUCACUCUGUCCCCCUACGCCAGCAUCACCUCCCCGCUCUUCCUGCAAUCCCUGCAUCAGGCGGAGGCCGCGGGAUAUUGGCUGAGCCGCCAGCCCCGACCUGGGGGCAGCUUGAUCCCACUGCUGACCACCUGGAAGGGGCAGCUCUGUGCCCGCCUGAACGUCACCAGCGAGGCAGCGCUGGCCUGGUACCUGUCACGUGCCCGGCGCCUGCGGCAGGCCCUGGGGGCCACAUAUGUCAUCUUUGAGGGAGUUGAGGGUAAUUCCUUCCUGGACCAGGAUGUCCCACCUCCUACCGAGCUAGCAGGUGAUGGAUACACCAGGGUGUUGGCGGCAGCACUGGCGACACUGAGCAAUGGCACCAUCAUCAGCGCUGGGGCCAGCUCCAGUCACCUCCCUCUGUUCAUCCAGAUGAGUCCCCUGCGCUCCGACUGGAGCCACGCGGGGCUGAAGGGGCUGAUCCCCUCCGUGCUGCACUACAGCCUCUUGGGCUACAACUUCUUCAUCCCUGACACAGUAGGAGGGAGCCUGGCUGGUGACUCCACGGGGGACCCGGAACUGUUCGUGCGGUGGCUGCAGAUCGUGACCUUCCUGCCCGUGAUGGCCUUUGGGUCCCCACCCUGGCUCUGCUGUGACUCCUGGGUCCUGAAUCUGACCCGCCAAUGCAUCCAGAGGCACCAGGACUUUGUGGUGCCACUGCUCCUGAAAUACAGCGAGGAGUGGCAGAGUUUGGGACACCCCAUCUUCCGUCCAGCCUGGUGGCUCAGCCCCACGGAUCCAACCGCGUUCACCAUAGAAGAUGAAUUUCUCAUUGGAGAUGAGGUCCUGGUUGCUCCAAUAACAGAAAAAGGACAAACAUGGAGGGAUGUCUUCCUGCCUGGAGAAGGGCACCUGUGGCUGGACACCAACUCUGCCCGUGUGUUUGAUGGAGGCACCAUCCUCAGGAAUUACUCUGCCAGCCUGGCUGAGGUGCUGGUGUUUGUAAAGGCCUCCUGAAUCCAGGCUGGGCAGCUCCUGGACAGUGACCUCGGAGAGCAGCGCUGGCCACAGGCUCUUCCCUGAGACUUCCAGACUGUUUGCACUUUUCGAAGAACCUUUAUUUUGUGGGUUUUUUUUUUUUAAUUUCAGGAGAAAUUGAGUUUUCUUACUCACUGUUACCCCAAAACAGCAGCAAUAUGGCUCUGCCACCAUCAUCUAUCCUCAAUGAAUGCUCACUUUUAUCUUUCCAGGGUUUUCCCAGUGAAAUGUUUGUGUGAGUGUGUUUAGGUGGACACAUCCAGCACUUCCAGAUCCCUGGCAAGAUGCUCAGAGGGGCUGUCUUGGCCAGGGAGUGGGUUUUCCAGGAGAUAAAUGGACAGCAGCUUAUACCCAUAUGGGAAGUUUUGUAUUGGGUGAAAAAAGUAAAUCCAGGGAAAACUGAACAGGACAGCUCUGUUCAGCUUAUACCCAAGGGGAACUUUGGGAUUUAAUAGAAAAAAGUAAAUCCAGGGAAAAAUUACCAGGAUAGUUCUGCUCCUGUGCAUGGCCCCCUCCUGUGCUCAGCGCUCCUCCCUUCUCCCACCAGACACUGUGUGUAUUUCCCAGGAGUCUCGGGUAGCAAGAGCCCAUACUUGAGGAUAAUCUGGGAAAAUGGGUGAACUCCAGGUCUAUUUGAAGCAGGUUUAUGAUGUGGAAGAAGAAUAAAUUCGCUCAAGGAAAGGAGUGGCUCUACCAGAGCAUGAGGGGGACAUCCAGGAUCCUUGCCCACCUUGGAACACAAGCUCCAGAGCUCAGCACUGAGCCCUGUGAGCCCCAGCUCCUGCUUUUCACCAU